GGCGGCGACCGAAGGCGGAGUUGAGGCUCCGCUGGCCCCGGCUAUAGAAAGCGGAGCGCGGCGCUCGGCUGAGGUCCCGGGCGGCGCGCGGGGCUCCAGUUUGCUGCUCCUCUGCUGAAGGCCAGAGGGAUGUCAUCGUAACAUCUCCAACUUUCUGCUGACCUCACUUCUCCAUUUCCACCAACGGCUGGACUUUGUGAAACUCCCUGGUUGUUGGCGUUGUCGCCCCCUCCUUUCCGAUAGUGUCGCUCCCCAUGCUGUGGUGUGCAAUCCUCGCCUCUAGAGCAGACGGAUGAUGAGGGACGUUUUCCGGCUGGGCCUUAUGCAAACUCUCUGGCUUCUUGGUGGGGCCUUCCUGCUGGUCGGGGAGACAGACGCGGUAGGACCUCUUGGGCCAUGGAACAUCAAGUUCUCAGCAUCCUUCUCAAUAGAGGGUCUUGGGCAACCUUCUGGAAUCCAGAGCUCCACCACAAAUGUGGACUGCAGAGAAGUGGGAAAACAGAAUCAGUCGGACCGUUGCUCCUUCAUCCGGCAUAACCCAAACUGCAAGAUGGACAGUGGCUUCCUCAACUACCUCAAUGGAAUUUUCUGCAUCUUCCCAGCUGCUCUGCAACCAUUGGCCAUAACCCUCUACGUAGUGUGGCUUCUCUACCUCUUUGUUAUCCUUGGGGUCACAGCUGAGAAAUUCUUCUGCCCUAACUUAUCGGCCAUCUCCACCAAGCUGCGUCUGGCUCAUAAUGUGGCAGGUGUCACCUUUCUGGCUUUUGGAAAUGGAGCACCUGACAUCUUCAGCGCGGUCGUUGCAUUCUCCGAUCCCCGGACAGCUGGGCUAGCCAUUGGAGCUAUCUUUGGUGCUGGCAUCUUCGUCACCACUAUAGUCGCUGGUGGCAUAGCCCUUAUAAGGCCUUUUACCGCCGCCUCGCGUCCCUUCCUACGGGAUGCCAUCUUCUACAUGGUCGCCGUGUUCCUGACUUUUGUAGCUCUCUAUUUUGAACAAGUCACCUUGGCAGAAGCUCUGAGUUUCCUUGGACUUUACAUCUUCUACGUCUUGACUGUUGUGGUCUCCACCUGGCUUCACAAGAGACAGCGCAGGGAAAGAUUGGCUCCACCCAGCCAUCCAGAACCAGAAAUAUCAACGGAUUCCGAAGAAGGGGACAAUGCAAGUGUGAAUGGGGAGGAAGAAUAUCAACUGCUGUUGCCCUUGGAGGAAACCACAUUCCAGAUUCUGACUCAGUCCAUCAACCCUCUGGAUUAUAGGAAGUGGAGGAGAAAACCCUGCUAUUGGAAACUGUUCAAAGUUUGCAAGCUUCCCGUGGAAUUGGUCCUUUUACUGACAGUACCUACUGUUGAUCCUGACCGGGAUGAUCAAAACUGGAAAAGGCCUCUGAAUUGUCUACACUUGAUCACCGGCCCGCUCGUUUGCAUUCUCACCUUGAAAUCUGGAACCUAUGGUCUCUACAAGUUCCAGGGGGUCUUCCCAGUCUGGGGUUUCAUCGCCCUGGUAGGAGCUACUUUGGCUGCCCUCCUUUUUUGCACCACCAGAAAUGAAGAACCACCCCGGUGCCAUUUUCUGUUUGCCUUCCUGGGAUUCUUUGUCAGCGCCAUGUGGAUCAACGCUGCGGCCACCGAGGUGGUGAACAUCCUGCAGACUUUAGGCAUCAUCUUCCGUCUCAGCAACACAGUCUUGGGCUUGACCCUGCUCGCCUGGGGAAACAGCGUCGGGGACAUGUUCUCCGACCUCACCAUGGCGCGGCAAGGUUACCCCCGAAUGGCUUUUUCGGCCUGUUUUGGGGGUAUCAUCUUCAAUAUGCUUGUUGGCGUCGGGCUGGGCUGCCUUUUGCAAAUGUCGAGCAGCAAAUGGGUAGUCAAGCUUGAACCGGACGGCCUCUUGGUAUGGAUUCUAGCAGGUGCCCUGGGCCUCAGCCUGGUUAUUUCUUUCCUUUCGGUGCCUGCCCAGUGCUUCCAGCUGGGACGUGCUUAUGGCUACUGUCUCAUAGUCUUCUACCUGGCUUUCCUGACCAUCGCGCUGCUGACCGAGUUUAGGGUGAUCCGAAUUUCUACCUUCUAAAUGAAGCAUCUCCUCUGAAGAGACGUCUCCCAAGGUUGAACUGGUUAUUUACUUGAAGUUGGCGUCUUUUGGCACAAAGGCUCGCUGGCAAGGUCAAAAAUAGAACUCGGUACCAGAGGUUGAUGCCGGCCACUGCAAAAAAGGAUGAUCAAUGAAAACUGGAACCAUUGCUGUGACAUUAUGGGGUUGGCUUGCAUCAAUCACAGCCUUUUUAUUUGAUUUGGGGAUUUUAGAACCAAAUCAGGAUUACAGGACUCCUGAGACAUCUUUGGUCCCAACCCCCAUCAGUGUUAGCUUUUCUAAAAGAAAACUCCUUGUUUGGAUAGCCGUAUAUUUUUUUUUAAGGGAUCCUUUUUAAGAAAGGAGAUUUUAUUAGAAGUAUUUUUCAGUUCCUGAACUGAAGCUUGAAUGCAUCCCAGGUAUGUACUGAAUUCUUCAUCCGGUCAUCACCUCCAUCUGGAAGCAGGGGUGUUUUCCUGACUCUUAUUAAAAAAAAAGAGAAAAAAGGGAUAAGGCUUCAAUCAUGAGUUAUGCCUGCCACCUUGAGGCUCCCCCCCCCCUUUCCUGUUUUUGACUGUUAAGAUAAAAGUUUUAUCCAGAAAAAAAA